AUAAUAAGAGCUGCGUACCCCGUUUGGCCUUCAUCUGCUCAAAUCAUAUAGAACCCUAGCGGACGCAUCGAGCUCGCGAUUCCUCUUUAAAUGUUUAACGAUUGAGGUAAUUUUCGCAAAACCAAUUUUUUGUUACCCACACAAGUUUAUAUAUUUAUGCGAUUAGAUUUCUGUUUGGAUUUACGGAGCAAAUGUAUAAUUGACAAAAAUGCCAGGGUUUCAUGUAUUCUAGUCUGUUUUUUAAUUUAUAAAGAGAUAUUUUCUGUUUUAUCAAGCGCGAUUCUGAUCAUGUUGACUUUCAAAUAGCAAUCCAUCAGUUAAAAGAAAUAUAUAGAUGCACAGUGAUAUCCGAUAUAUCAAGCAAUUCACUCGAUCUAACUAUGAGGUUCAUAUAGCUUGCGAUUCUAUGAAGAGAAUAAUUUCUGUGCCAAAUUUCAACAAAAAUCCAUGUUCAAAUUCUUUUCUUUCUGAAUCGUGCUUCAGUCUAAUUGAAAGAAUAAUACAUAUCGAGUGAAAGUUACUGUGAAUAAUUAUUUUACCCCCACAUCAUUAAUCAGUUUGCUUAAAAUUUUGAAAAAAAAAAAAAGAACUUAAGGAAACAGCUAUAAAGAGGGAAUUAGCAGCUUUUUGGAGUUAAGCACUUAGCAGGAUUGUCAUCAAGAUCACUUCCUGUAGAUGGACAAAGAUAACAAUAUCAUUUUUGAUGGAAACAGUGAAAGCCGACUAUAUGUAGGCAACCUUGAUAUGAGAAUAACAGAAGGCGCUCUCAUAAAAAUGUUCUCCCCAUUUGGAAAAAUCGUGUUUGAGGAUUUCCUUUGGCAUACUCGCGGCCCAAAACGAGGCGAGCCACGUGGCUAUGCAUUUGUCCAGUUCAGCACCAUGGAGGAAGCUAAACUGGCCAAGGAGAAAAUGCAUGGGAAAUUGGCAUGUGGAAGGCCUUUAGUAGUGCGACUUGCUAAAGAGAAGUACUUGAUGGAAAUGGCUGAAAAAUCAGGUGGUAGUGGUAGUGGUAGUGGUAGUGGUAGUGGUAGUGGUAGUGAGUCAAAUGGAUUGGGUAACGGGUCGGGUCAAAUGGCCCGAAGUGCAAAAAUAGCUGCAAUAAAGAACAAAUUGAAGGCCAUGGAAGAAAGUGAUCAUGUUACAAAGAGACAGAAACAAAAGUAGAAAGAUAAUGCAAGUUGUGUUUUUAGGAUUUGUAUGAGUAAUGGAUCUGUCUCGAUAAAGUAUUGUAUACAUUUACUCUUAUAUUCCAAAAAACAAAUCUCACAAUAUUGAGUAGUUAUAAUAA